UUGCAUUGCUUCGGCUCGUUUUACAUGUCGUGGCUAAGUUUACAAGUAAACCUUAUUACACUUUUUCCGAGUUUUGAGAAAAAAUCGUGAACGUAGUGCGAACCUAUCUGGUUCAUCUUUUCACGUUUCAGCUCUGUAUGAUUGAUGGAGCAGCUUUACCACGGACUAAGAUGUCUUCCUGUUAGGGAAUCUAUCCUUUUUAUCUUCUGGUUGAUAAUUUCGCAUUCUCCUUAAACGAGUAGAGUAGGAGGGAGGUUACGACUCGACUAAGAUGUGAACUUCAAUUUUCAUGUGAACUUCCAUUAAUAUUAUUAGGUUAGUCUGAUGUUAAUGUCCCGUCAUAUAUUGAUUAAGAACCUUAUUGGCCUUAGGGCCACUCGUUUUCGAAGGAACGAGGGCUCUGGGAACAAGAAUAGAUGGGUGGGGUAGGCACUCUGAGCUGCAGCCAAGACCAAGAGAACAUCAGUGUCUACCCGACAGUGGUAAAUAAGCUUUAAACCCCAAGUUUUGCCCGAUCUCUCUUUUUCUCCAAACUUGCAAAAGAUUGCAAAAAUAUUUUACGUCAGAGCUCAUGGAUGUAUCAUAUGCGCAAAAAACUCCAUGUACUCACUACAAAUUUAUCAAUUAACCAACUGACCGGAAAUUGAGGGCUUCGGUUACAUCUAAUUGAUGUCGAGGAAUGCGAGACUCGAUCAAUGUACCCCUUGUCGACCUUGUCAGGAAAUUGAAAUUUUCUCACUAGUCUAAGCCUUAGCUCGGGGUCUGUUCCACUGCUGUGCUUUUCAUUCACUAAAACCACCAUUUCUUUGUUCUUGGGUGGAUUCUGGCGAGUUAGGAAUUGUCUAGCACAUCGUCUGAAGACAGCUUUUACUGUAGUACUCAUUGGUGAACUCGUCAGUUACCGUGCGGAUCGAUAGAGAGAUGCGAUCGUUUCAUGUUUGCAGUUUUGUGUUGUGGAAUUUGGUUUAUGUUGCACUCUCAGAGGAAUUGAACCUUUCUGAAGGCAAAGAAGCGUUUGAUAGAGACAACGAAGAUCUAUGUAUCAAUGUACUAUGCCAUGCUGGUGAGGAGUGCAUUGUUAUCGAUAAUAAUGCCGCCUGUAUGUGUAAGAAGUCAUGCCCUAACCAUGAGAAACCAGUAUGUGGGUCAAACGGUAUGACCUAUCCAAACCACUGUGAACUGCACAAAACUGCCUGCUUGGAGGAAAAGAAACUUUCUAUCAAGUAUAUGGGGGCAUGUAGAGGACAGCCCACCCAAGCUCCAUCUUCUGUAGAGGUUAAUUAUUCAAAACCUGUUGUGUGCUAUGAGAAUGAUCGUAAUGAUAUACGCAGUCAUUUGAUUGGAUGGCUGCAGAACCAAGACAAGUUGUCAGAAGGAUUAGAUGGCUACAGAAAUCUUCUGCAAUCAUACUUUGACAAAGUUGAUGAAAACAAAGAUGGAAAACUUGAUGUAGCAGAGUUCAGAGACUUCGUCCUGGCAAAUCAAUCACAAGCUGAGACAGCUAGUUCUGAUGAGUAUGUCAACCCUGUUUUGCAAAGUCUUUGUGCUGAUGCUCUGAUUUCCAUCAGUGAUGAUGAUUCUGACUGGGAACUUAACAUUACAGAGUUUAUGAGAUGCCUUGAUCCUGAAUUCAAGCCACCAAAGAAAGGUUGUGAGUUGGAUAGUGAGAUUUACAGUGACAGCACAGAAAUUCCCAUAGACUGCAACAGUUGUGUUUGUGCCUGUGGCCACUGGGUCUGUACUGCAUUAAAGUGUGAUGAGAAAGAAUCAAAUCAGCCACGCUCUGAGGUUGGUAAUGGAAACACAGAGAAGCACAAGUACAUUGUCAAUGGACAAGAAGCUGAGGAACAACUGACAAGAGAGAAGAUGAAACAUGAUCACAAAGAAAGAAUUCAGGUCCACAAAAAGAAAAUCCUUCCACUUCAUAAACCACAGCAUCCUGGGAGGCACAAGAAACAUCACAAACACAGCUCAUAUGAGAACAGCUCAAACGAGCCUGAUCAUGAGUAACUUUUUUAAAAAAAACAAAGGUUAUUGUGGUCAAAUGAGAGAAGUGACCUCACACAGCAAAAUGCUUUUCAGAAUUAUAAAAUCACCAUUCUGCUAGGGAAAUAAAGAUGAAUUGCUUUCUUAAUUAACAAGUUAUAAACAACACUUUUUUUAGCCUCUAUAUAAUGCUUAUUUUCUUCAUCAAUUUGUAAAUGAGCUGCAAAAGACAAAGGCCUCAAGUGCCAAUAUGAAUAACCAUUUCAACGCUAAGAUCUUAGAGGAAAUUCUCCUUUUAAUCACUGUCUCCUAGACAAUUUUUAUUACAGUUUUGAGAAUUUGGUGUUAAUGCAAAUCAGUUAAAAUUCCUCUUUAUUCUCCCCAGCUCUCUGCUUAAUAGUGUAUUGAUACUGUAGGGAGAAAUUACUUCUUCAUCACCCCUGGGAGAGAAAUUAUGAAGGUGGAAGUUCCUAACAGUAAUGUGGAUUGUGUUUGCAGUGGAAAUUUGUGGAGUUUCAUCAUACAAAUGUUUAGAAUAACUCUGAGAUUUAUGUGUUAGCAAUGGAAAAAAUAUUACCUAUAAUUUUUUUAACAUCUGUAUUGUACUUUUAUUACUUAAUUAGUAAAAUAGCCCCCUGCAUUUA